GGUUUGUUGUUGUUGUUGUCGUAAAAUUCACGUUUUAUAUAUUUUUAAUAACACACAGCUGACUUACAGGUCGCUGUUUGUCCUCAGCUUUAUCUAGAAACCAUCCGGAAGCUGAAAUCUUCUUCCCGAAGGCGGGAAACGGUUUGUUAUGCUAACGGCGGCUACAUGCUACAUGCUAAGCUAUGUUUGUAGCUUGUAGCUUCCGGAGGAAAAUAAACAUUUAAACACUUUUAAACCUUUUUAAACCUUUUUAAACCUUUUUAAACCUCAAGGCUUCACCUCGUCCCUUCACUUACCGUCGGUCACCGGUGACAGGAGUCAUGUUCCGGUGGAUUCUCGGCGGUCGAGAGGCUCAGGGCUCAGCCGAGAAAAGCCCCGUGUUGUGCAUCGGAGAGGAACAGCCCAAAAACUGCUUCACUGAGCUGCAGGUGCUGAAAGGACAUUUUGACAUUGUUCGAUUUCUGGUGCAGAUUGAUGACUUCAGAUGCGCCUCGGCAGGGGACGACGGCCUCGUUCUGGUGUGGAAUAUCGAGACCGGGGAGAGGCUGCAGGAGCUGAGGGGCCAUUCUCAGCAAAUCACAGCCAUAACCACCUUCACCUGUAAUAAUGGAGUCACGUCGCACACCUCGCUCAUCACGGCCUCCUCAGACCGAAGUCUCAGUUUGUGGGAUCCUGAUACAGGCAACAGAGUUCAGACCAUUUCAGACCUUCAGUCUCCUGUAAAGUGUUUGCUGGUGCUGGAGCGGCUCGGCGUCUGGGUCUCCGGCGGGGAAGAACUGUGCGUGUGGAACAAAGACUUCCAGCUGCAGUGUCACAGACAGAACCACAGCGACACCGGAAUAACUGCUUUGAUAGAGCUGCCCAAGAACUGCCUGGCAGCUGCAAUGGAUAAAGAGAUCGUGAUCUACAGGCUGACGUUUUCCACGGAUUCCUCUCUGUCGGUGGCUGAGAUCCGCUGUCUGUCCGACCACCAGGACCAGAUACGAGCUCUUAUAAACGUCAACGACGGGCUCUUCGCCAGCGGUUCCCACGCGGGUGAGUUGAUCCUCUGGGACGCCGUGGAUUGGAACAUCCUCGCCUACGAGCACAUCCUGUGGGAGGAGUCGCAAACCUGCGCUCAGUCCGAAAUCCGGCUGGCCGCUCCCAAACCCAGCGAGAUGUCCAUCCAGCAUCUGACCACCAACGGGAAGCACAUCCUCGCAGCCGUGGGCAGCGGCCUGUACGUGUACAGCGUUCUGACCAAGACGGUGGUGGCUUACAGGAAGGUCGCCCACGACUCUAAUGUCUUACACACCAUGCUGUUGUCCGACAGCGCGCUCAUGUCCUGCUCUGAAGACGGCAGCGUGAGGAUGUGGGAGAUCCAGGACCUGCCUUUGCCGGCUGAACCAGCCUCUGCAGGGUUCUUCGGGAUGUGGACUUUUGGCCGGUCGAACAAACAGACCGGUCCCCCGUCAAAAAAGGUCGUGGACGUCCCGAACAUCAGGACGCUGGAGCUGACGGGCGAUCUGAUUGGACACUCGGGGGCGGUCCAGAUGUUUGUGAGCUUCAAGGACAACGCUUUGGUCACGUGCUCGACCGACCACCUGCUGAUUCUGUGGAAGGACGGAGAGAGGCAGUCUCACCUGCGCAGCCUGGCACUUUUCCAAAAACUGGAGGAGAACGGAGGACUCUGACCUCCGACCCUCCAAUGACUCGACUGCCUUAAAAAGGUGAUGCUGUCACGCGAUGUUGGUCCUAAAUGAUCUAAAUCUACUGUGAUGAUUGUUGUUUGUCUCGUCAUGAUAUGAAUGUCGUCGUCGUUGCACUGAAAGUAUUUAACUUAAAUUAAUUGUACAUUAAAAUGCCUCAUCUCAGAAACAA